UUUUUGUUUUUUUUUUAUGAAGGUAAACAUAUGCUUUCUUCUCCAGUUCCUGGACAACUUACUAUUCUCUAGAUAAUGCACCGAGCUUCUGUCCUGCUGAUGGCAGGAUUCCUGCAUCUUGUUCUGGCCAAUGGGGUUGACCAACUGUCCUGGUUCUACCGCAUGCAACCCUUGGCUAUCAUGGAUCCUGAUAGCACUGGAGGAGACUGUCCAUCUGAGUGUGACUGCCCUCCAACCUUCCCCAUUGCAAUGUAUUGCAAUAACCGUGGCAUGAAACAGAUGCCAUACAUCCCCUCUCGCAUGAAAUACAUCUACCUUCAGCACAACCAGAUAACUACAAUCUCAGAUGAGGCUUUUAAAAAUGGCACCAGCCUAGUAUGGGUCAUGCUACAUGAGAACCAGAUUGUGGAGAUAGGAAAAAGGGCCUUUGCCAGUCUGGUGAACCUGGACCGUCUGUACUUGAAUGGCAACAACCUUACUGAGGUGCCAUCUAAACUUCCACACUCUUUACGUGACUUGCGCCUCAACCACAACAAAAUUGACAAGGUGUCACCUAAUGCGUUUGAAGGCAUGGAGAAUCUGACCACCUUGUUACUCAACCACAAUGUCAUCCAGGACAUGGGCAGCACUCUGAAGGGCCUGAAGUCUCUCACCUUGCUUGAUGUGAGCAGAAACCUGUUGAAGAAAGUUCCAGACGGUCUCCCUGCCAUGCUGCACCAGCUCUAUUUGGGCUCCAACUCCAUUGAAGCCAUUCCAGAUAAUUUCUUUAACCAGUUCACCAACCUGCAGUAUGUGCGCUUAUCCCACAAUGCCCUCACAGAUAAGGGUAUUCCACCAAACACUUUCAAUGUAACUGGUCUGGUAGAGCUAGACCUCUCCUUUAACAAACUGGAAAAGAUCCCAACGGUUAGCACCAGCCUUGAGCACCUCUAUCUACAAGCCAACCAAAUUAAAGAGUUUUCCAUAGGCAGUUUCUGCAGUGUGGUGGAUGUAAUGAACUUCUCCAAGAUAAAGGUUCUGCGUCUGGAAGGUAAUGAGAUCAUGCGUAGGGAUGUCCCAUCUGACUUAGCUUUGUGCCUCCGCUUUGCCACAGACAUCGCUCUAUAACUCCACCAACAAGGCAAGGGCAGUCCCCUCUGUAACCUUUCCACCAAAUAUUCAAGCAUUUCUUACUGUUUUGAUUGUGUAACCUAUGUUUAUUGUGAAUACUGUUUAUGUUGAUCUUUCUGCUGUAACUAAUGUGUUUGUGGUGAUACAUGUGUAUGGUCGGUGCAUGUGUUUUGACCUGAUUUGUGAGUAUUUGCUUU